AUGUCAGAAGGAGAUACUACCAAGGUCAUUGUUGGGACUGUUGUAGAGGUCACAACCACCAGGAAGCCUCAAACCAACCGUACUUCCACCUUUGUUACUGCUGACUUUGAUUUGGGGGGUGGAGCAGUGAACGUCAAGGCCUUUGUACCAGACUUGACCACGUCACCAAAUGACGCUGAUACAGCAGCUGUGGCAGCGCCCAACAAUAUGCUCGAAAACAUUGAUGCGCUUCCAACCGUAACAGCGGAUACUGCAACUGAGACUGAUUUGUUUCAUAUGGAAGCAGGGGUUGAUCAACAUCCAAUUCUCGAACAAGACACGGAGUCACUGGUGCAGCUACCAGUACUUCCAAUAGUGCCCAAUGCUGACUUUGGUAACAAUAACUUUUCCGAGGCAGAAGCUGUCCCUGCUGCAGUAGCACAUGGCACAAAGUGGUAUGAAGAUGAUGAAGCUACUCUAAAUGAUACAAAUGGCAGUGUGCCAAUAAAAGACUUCGGUAUUUCCACGCCUGUUGGUGAAGUCUUGGGUCCAAACUCUGAUAUUGGCGGAAAGUACUCGAGACUGGAAUACUUCCUUCUGAUGUUUCCACCCAAACAGCUCACAACUAUGUGUCAGCUAACAAAUAACGCUCUGGUGCAACAGAACAAGCACAUCAUCACUACUGGCGAGCUGCUUCGCUUUUUUGGAAUAGUCAUUCUGACAACAAAGUUUGAGUACACAAGCCGAUCCCAGCUGUGGUCAACAACUGCACUUUCAAAAUAUAUUCCUGCUCGAUGCUUUGGACGGACAGGAAUGUCAAGACAGCGAUUUAACGAUAUAUGGCAAUGUCUUUGCUGGAGUGAGCAGCCUCCUGAGCGGCCAGAAGGUAUGAGUUCGCAGAGCUACAGAUGGAAACGUGUUGAUGGCUUUGUAGCCAGGUACAAUGAUCACCAAAGUACAGCUUUCAAGCCCUCUCACAUGAUUUGUGUUGACGAGUCCAUCUCUCGCUGGUAUGGCCAAGGGGGGAAUUGGAUUAAUCAUGGGCUGCCUAUGUAUGUUGCCAUAGAUCGAAAGCCAGAGAACGGUUGCGAGAUCCAAAAUGCGGCAUGUGGAUGUUCCGGAAUUAUGCUUCGGUUGAAACUGGUCAAGUCAAAGACUGCUCGGGAAGAAGGGGAUGAGGGUGGUCUAAGCGACAAUCAUCUUUUACUUGGCACAAGGAUUCUCAAAGAGCUAGUUACUCCUUGGGCAUGGACAAACCAAGUUGUAUGUGCUGAUUCCUAUUUCGCUUCUGUUGGUGCUGCAUUGGAGUUGAGACAAAUAGGUUUGGGAUUUAUUGGGGUUGUGAAGAGUGCAACAAAGCACUUUCCAAUGGCUUAUCUUUCGAGACUGGAGUUCAAUCAUCGAGGAGACCGAAAAGGAUUGUUGAUGAAAGACGGACUCAAUGGAAGUAGCUUGAUGGCGUUUGUAUGGAUUGAUCGUGAUUGCCGAUACUUUAUAUCAAGUGUGUCCAGUCUUGAUGCCGGCAGUCCAUUUGUUCGAUAUUGA